AAGCAAUUCGCAAGUGCGCGCGCCAUCCACGCAAGCGGGCAAGCCUCCCGUUAGAAUAAAAUCAAAUAUUGGGCGCCAAUUUAAAUUCUAUUUCCCAAAACACUCUCUCUUCACCUGUAACAAAACUCAGAAACCAUCGGCGAUGCGAACUCGAUUUCUCAAUACCGACUACUUCACCUCAUCUCAUUCUCCAACCGAAACCCUAAGCUUCCUUAAUCUACCGCUCCCUCAGUUGCCUCCUUGGCAUCUUUCUACCUUCAAAGACGAGCUUCUCCGCUUUGAUUCGUUUCUCAACGUACCUCUCGAGACCGACAGAUUGCCGAUCGAUGCCGCUCUCUCAAAGUUUUUGUCCGACACAAUUCCUCAGUUCAUCGACGUCGAUUUCAGAGAUUUGGAGGAUACUCGGUCUCCAAUUGGAAAUGUCGAAGCCAGGUUCUCCGAGAAGGAUAAUGUAACCAGUGCUGAUGAUAAGGAUGUGCAAAGGUUUGAUGUGAUCCUGUUUGAAACACCAGAGCUGGAUACUUUCUUGGAUAAUGCUCGCUUUUCUGAGAAAGAGAUUGAGACAUUCUCUGGAAUUCCAGAGAUUGAUAAUAAUCAGGAUGAGACAGAACCUAUAGUGCAGUAUUCUAACAAGAUUCAAGAAUCAGUUUAUUCAGUUGAAUAUGUUACUUCAAAGUACAACAUGGAGAAAAAUGAUUAUAUGCUUGAAGAGGAUAGUUCUUUUGAGGAUCUGUUGCUUUUACAGCAUAACACCUUUCCUUUUUUGGAGGUGGAUGAAGUAAGUCUGGGCAUCAUAAGUCAUUCUCUGGAUGAUGUACUUCCUUCUGUUUUUGAAUCUAUUGAUACCCAGCUCUGGACUCAAGAAAAUAAUGUACUCAUUGCCAGCAAGGAGCUCUUGGGCUCUAUUGGGUAUGAUAUCUUCAAGUUUCUUUCUGAUCACUGUUUAUUAAAACAAUUUCCUGAACCUGAGCUGGCAUUCCCAGAGAUGUUCCUGGACAUGAACCUUAUAUGCGUGGUGGAAACUCCUCAAGUUGAUGAGAAUUUUGAAUUUUAUAUGGCUAAACAUGAUGCUGAUUGUUUUUUGCCCAUGAGCCUGGUCAUUUUUGAGGAAUUCCAGAUUUUUGAUGUGGACUCAUCUCAAAAUUUUGAGGUGUUUCUGAACCGAGAAAUGACCCGUGAACCUGAAGCAUGUGACUAUAUGUUCAGGGAAGACAUGAAUUUAAAGAGUUUCAAUGAAUUGGUUGUUAGUCAUGAACUUGUGCUGGUAGAUGAAACAUUCAAAUCUUUGCCUAUACCUGUUCUCUCUGAUUACAGAAGGAUGAGGUCAACAUGUACGGUUGUUGAGGAAUUACUGUCUGAGUUGAAGUUACUGCCCCUAUCUGCAUCUGAUGGGAUCUACUUGGACUGGUAUAUUUUGGAAGAAGAUAAAUGCAACAGUAAAGUUUAUUCUUUGUUUCAGAAUAUGGUAGAGGAGAUAGACUCAUACAACAUUGAUUUUGAUCAGGAAACUUUUGAGGAUGGGAAGUUAGUAUCUGAAUUCAUUUUCUCAGAUGAUGCUUUAAGUGAAUCGGCUACUGAACAAUAUGAGGAAGCACUGAAUGUCAGUUAUGAUAGCACUGCUAUGCUUAAUGGUCAUCUUAUGGCAGUUGUGUCAGGUAAUUUAGAAGACAACGGAUGCCCAAAACCAGGUAACUCAGAACAAUUAGCAGAAAAAGAUGCCAAGAGGGCUUCAUUGCUAUUUGAGUCUAUGUCACAAUUCAAUGAUCUUGAUUUUUUCUUGAAUCCCCAAAAAGGUAGUGCAGGAGAAAGUGCUGGACCUACAGCUGUGGCAUUCGAUUCAAAUGCUAUGUUACCCAAUGUUUCAUCUGGUCCUUCAGUUCAAGCAUGUGCAUCCACUGGUGUAAAAUUGAAGCAGUGGGAUAUCAUGGUUUACAAUAUAAAAUUGUCAGAUGAUAUCGUGGCUCUAAUUGAAAAGUUUGAAAAGAGCUAUCUGGCUAUCCUGCAGAAUGAGACAGAGUUAAUCUCAUUUUUACCUGCAGAUAAUUUUGAAUUGCUUAGCCUUCCAAAGCAAAAGUUAAUGGAGUGUAUUAAGAAAAAAAUGGUGCGAAGAACGACUUCUCAUAAAGAUGAAGACAUUAUGGCAUUUGUGACAUUGUGUGCAAUUAAGCAAAUGGCUUGGUACAUGUGUUUCUAUGGCAUCCAUGCAGCUCGCUUAUAUGUGGACAAGCUAUGUCAAAGCCUUGGCUGCCUGAAGUCAAGACUAAGUUUCCUCCAUUCCUUGAUUGAGGAUACAUGUGGCAAGGUUGACACGGAAAUAACCAGAUCACACCCCUCACUCUGUGUUAUACAAGGAAUUUUACAGUCAAACAUCAGUCCAAGUAGUUCAAAAGUGUUGAUUUUGGCAGAGCAAGUCUUCUGGUGGUCCUUGAAGAGUUUGUUGAUGUCAAUUGGGCUAUCAUGGAAUGAGUUAUCAAGUUUCUGCACAAGUGCAAAUGCAUCAGAUGUCUAUAAGAUGGAUUCUCAGCUGAUUUCAGAUUGUUGGUUGGUGUCUCAGGAGCAUGUUUCUGCAUCUUUUCCAUUCAACAAGUUCAACCUUAUUGUGGAAUAUGGAGGCUCGUGUGGUUCAUCUAGAGUGUCUUCCUUUUCCACUGAGUUGGUUGGCUUGAAUCAUCUUCACUUUGUGAAGAUUGAACUGGAUGGCUCUAGUGCAUCUAAAGCACUCUGUCAAGGUGUUAAUGUGCCCCAGACUACAAAGAAGUUGAUGGAAGGAGAGUUUCAUUCAAUCCUGGCCCUGGAUGAUAAUGUGAAUUACCAGAAGUUGGAGGACCUACUGAACUUUGUACCGAUUGAAGCCAAGUAUAAUAAGAAAUCUGUCGAGGGUGUGGAUAAAAUAGAAGCUCACUUUAUGCCUCUGCCAGUUGCCGUGGAAAACAAGCAAACUCAGCAGAGAAAAAUGGACAUAGUAAUUAUUGUGAACACGCAAAAUUUUGACAAGGAAAUGAUUGUAUCCAGAAGAAGUACAUAUCAAAAGAUUCUUGCAAUGGAGAAAGAAGGAGCUCAAGUGGUGGAACGUGAUUUAAAUCUGCCUGUGGAUGUCAUAAUUAGUUCUGCAAUUUGCUUAGUGUGGUAUGAUUGCAGAAACAUUGGAGGAAAAGCUGCCACUUUAGAUGCAGCAUCUUCAUGCUUACCAUUGUGGAUUGAGAAUAUUGCAACUAAUAUUUUGACAUUGCUGAGUUUUACUUUCAGUGGCUGUUUCCUGGUUUUUGAGGGAGAAGUUCCCUUCCUUUCUACUGUAAUGGAAUCCUCAGCUGGACUCUAUGCAGCAGCAGCAAGUUUGGGAAUUGACUUCCAGCUCUUUUGUUCUUAUUCAUCUGAGUUAACUGAUGAAAUUAUAUUAAACUGCAUUGACUACGCUGCUAAGAUGACCAGGGGCUUAUAUCCUAGGAUGCCUGAUUCAGAAACUCUUGCAGAAUCAUUCCUCACAAAAUUUCCUUCAAUUAAUCCUUUGACAGCUCAUGCAAUACUCUCUUCAGGAGGAGUGCUCAUUGAGUUCCUUGAGUGGUCACAUGAACGCAGGAUCCAUGCAGUCCAAAACUACUGUGUACCAGAUGAGAGUGUUGCUCUGUUCAGUGCUUUGUGCAAGUAUGGUGAGCGGGAGGACUCAAAAUCCAUAAUGACAGACUGCUCUUCUUCGGUAUCUUCUGGUCCUGACUCUGACAAGUGUGAUCUUAAUGUUGGUUCUGAAGGAAAACAAGGAAGAAAACACAUAAAUAGCCCUGAUAAAACCAGCAUAAGUAUGGAUGAGUUGCUGCAUGUUGAGCCUUUGAACCAAUGCACAGAUGACUUCCUGAAUCCUUCUGGACUGUCAAAGCCAUAUAAUUCUUGGAUGUCUAAAGGUUCCAAGGAUUUUCAGGAUUACAAAAAACACAGUUCAUCUUUGAACUAUAUAUUUGAUCAAAAGCAGCAAUUUGGUUUACCGGCAUAUUUGAGCCUUGAAGUGCCGAAGCAAUAUGAUUCUCACAUCUUUGAAGGUCCUCAGAUAUUAAAUGAAGCAAAAAAGCCCAAACUGAGUGUACCUUUGAAAGAUAAUAUUUGGGGUCACAGGCAGGGAGAAAAUAUGGCUAUGCUGAACAGUUUGGACGGGCAGAACAUCAAUAAGUUUGAAAAUCGGCAUGAGGACCCUCUAGAUGAAGUUAUUGACCUCAUUGACAGUCCAAUGUCAGGUGAGGAUUUCUCUUCCUUUGAUAAUUCUAUUCCCUUCUCUAUGGUGCCGAAGAUUGAAAAUGACUCUACAAGAAAGUCUAAAAUUGCUAGAAAAUUGUCUUUCAGAAAAGGCAGUCGCACUGUUUUCCCAUAUGUUUCUGAGAUCAGCACUGAUUCAGAUAUAUUGAGUUCUGUAAAAUAUCCUAGAGAUAGUUUCCAAGGAACUAAUGAUAAUCCAGGUGCAGGUUAUAAUGAUAAGCUGCCUUUCAGUAACCAAGAAAACCUCAUUUGGGAUGUUUUAGCUCAGGGCUCUGCAGCUUGCAAACAUUCAUUACUCAAAAAUGAUGUAUCAAAUCAUAGAGCAACACCACUCUCAAAGGCCAUUCUUUCAGCCCAUCCACCACCAGGUUCACCUUGGACAAUAGAAUUUCUUAACAGAAUCAGGGAGAAGAGCAGAUUACAUCACCAGAAUCUUCCUUCUGAUACAUCUGCUUCACCUUUUGAGAUAUCAAGAAAUGUAGCAAAAGUUCCUAAGAGAAGAAGUCCGUCAAUGCUUGAAUUUUUCAAAUACCAAGGAAGUAGCACUCCUCGGAAAAUACUAGAAAAAAGGAAGCAGAAAAGAUACCUACAAUCAUCCAACUCAUCUAAGAAUGAAAAAGCGUCAUCCUCCCUUUCGCAAACACGGACACCCAUUGAUAAGAGAGCAAGACAGACUCUAUCUUUUGCAAUGAAUGAAAGUGGAAGUCAAACUAAGCUGGUUUGGAGCGAUGGAGGUGCUCAUGGUUUGAGCAAAAAGCUCCGCAAUCAAUAGUUGGGAUGGAAACAAGGGGGGUGCAACAUACAUGGGUGUAGAACCAUUUGUGGAAUAGCAGAUCAUUCUUUAAACAUGCCAUCAACUUGCAGCACUUGCCAUGAUUUUUUCAAGAAUGUGUCCAGAUGGGCUCAAUGAGUAAGCUCGAACACAACACCAGAGUCCUCAUGCUACAAAUAUUUCAGUUGGUGAGAAAUAUUGAACGGACUAGUCCAUAGGCAGUUAGGCAUUUAUAAGAAAGCUUAUCAGGCAGCCCCAUGCUUGAAACUAAAAUGAUUUGAUCUUUGAACUGAAACUUUUUAUUGGUGGGCAUGCACUGCUAGUAGCUCUGUAGCUGUGUGUGUAUAUAUCUUUGCCUGCCUGCAAAUGUGCUGCAUAAGUAUCUAUUGAUGUUAAUACUUUAAUUGA